AUGAACUGCUAUUUCAUCAACGCAGCCCAUAAAGAAUACCUUUUGACAAUCGCUGACAAGAGCUGCGCUGAGCGCGAUGGCCAGCUUGUUAUCUGGAAGUUCGAAAGAGGUCUUCACAACCAAUUCAUCCUCUUCAAGGAGCGUAUGGUCAACGCCCUUUCUGGCUGCCUCCUUGAGCCAGAGAACCCAGAUCUUGGCUCAAUCGUCAUCCAGGACCACGUUUCAAAGCGCCAGGAGAGAUGGUUCUACUACCCAGAUCAGACAAUCCGUAACUCCAAGGGCCUUUGCCUCGAUGUCCAGGGUGCUCGUUUCGAGGACGGCACACCAGUCAUCCUUUGGGAAGUUAAUGGCAAGGAAGAGCAGAAGUGGAUCCCAGCUACAGUCUUCGUCCAGAAGGUCAAGAAGGGCAAGAAGCACCACCACAAGCAUCACUCCAAGAAGGAACCAAAGCCAGAGGAGAAGAAGGAGGAACAACCAGCUGAGGAAAAGAAGGACUCCUCUGAUGAUGAAAAGAAGAAGAAGGGAUUCUUCGAGAAGGUUGCUGACAAGAUCUCUGAUGCUCUCUCAUCAUCCUCAUCUUCUGAUGAGAAGGAAGGAGAUGCACCAGCUGAAGGCGGCGAGAAUCCAGAAGGCAAGAAGCGCAAGCACCGCAAGCACCACUCCCACUCUAAGGAUGGCGAGCACAAGCACCGCAAGCAUCACUCCCACUCUAAGGAUGGUGAGGAAAAGCCACAACAGUAA